CAGGGCGCACCACUGAGACUUUCCUCCACGUUUGACGCGUCCACUGAUUUUUAUCAGACUUGCCAGACUAACUGGAGUAAAACCACCACCAGCAGUGUGUGUGUGUGCGUGUUGGUAGAUGUGUGUGUGAGUGAGUGUGUGUGCGUGCCAUAGGAUCAAAUAUUACCUAGAGAAAAACAGCCGGUUUGUUGUUUUUCAAAGCCAAAAUGCAUCCGGUCAGAGUGUCGAUCCCGUCGUUUCGUUCAGAAAACAGCUCGAUGGAGAAAGGAUACACGGUCUUUAAAAUUGACGUGCUGAUGAACGGCAGACAGCAUACUGUUGAGAAACGCUACAGUGAAUUCCACUCUUUGCAUAAAAUGCUAAAGAAGAGCAUAAAACCACCCGAGAUCCCAUCGAAACACGUCAGAAACUGGGUUCCCAAAGUCCUGGAGCAGAGGAGGCACGGCCUGGAGCUCUACCUGCAGACUAUAAUUAUGGAAAAUGGGGUCCUUCCAAAGAUAUUCCUGGAUUUCCUGAAUAUCCGCCAUUUUCCUUCAGUGCCAAAAACCGAAAGCUGUGGGUCGUUCGAUACAGAAUCGGAGGAAUCGAGUAAACUUUCACACCAGCCAGUCUUGCUGUUUCUGAGAGACCCGUACCUGCUGCCAUCUGCACAUGAUACAUUUUCAAACGUUGUGAUCGAAGGUGUGAUACAUGGAGUUUUCUACCCAGAUCUUCAACCCAGGUAGAGCUGCGGAGCCGAAGCUGAGGGCAUGUCACCGCAAAACAGACGCUCCAUAUUUUGACACCAUUUUAGGUGUGCAUCAGGAAGAACAGAACAUGUUACACAGAGCCUCAUUUAUAUUUUCCAAAGCAUUACACAAAAGAAACGUAAUAUUUAAAAAAGGGAACGCAUCAUCGCUCAAUAAAUCACUGGCACUACAUUUUAAAACAUCCACUUACCUCACCUUAUGACCAGUAACUCCGGCACAAGUUGUUCCUAAGAUAACCAGUGUUGACCCACAAUUUAAUGGAUUUGAAUCCUACUUGUCAGCAAUCAAUUAAACUAUAUGUGAAACAGUGUGGCAGGUUAACGUAGAUGUUUUCAGGCAUUAGUAGCUUGAAAUGAAUAAAAAAAAAUUAUAGAGCUUAUUGCUUCAUGAUAGAUUAACUUAUAUUAUAACAUUUUUUUUUCUUUCUUCAGAAAAUACUGAGUGAAAUAAACAAACAGGAUCAAAGUAGGAGAGACCUAAAGCAUGUUUUAGUUAAUAAAUACCAGAAUUUUGUCAAUGUCCUGUGUCAACUCCAGAGAGGAAAUGCUGAUGGCAGCUGGACUGAAGGUUAGUUUGCCAGACACAGAGGAGGCCUGUAAGGACAAAGCUCAGAGCUGGAGUGUGGAGCUGGAUCAUAGCCUGCAAACAGGGAGGUGCCUCUCCCUUUGAAGCACCAGUGCUGCGGUUCUUUUUGAAUUUGUUGCAAGCUGCCAAAUGGAGCCAUGCGAGAGGGAAAGCGGUGUGGGACAAUUUCAAGGCUGCAUUGUGGUGGAGUUGACAGCAAUGUGCCACAUGUUAGGGUGGAAAUGAUUUCAGUAGGUCGAGGCAGUGAUGUGGACCUCUCUCUGACUAGUGAAGAGCUGCUGGAUGAGCGGCUCUGUACGAGGAUUUGGGCACAAAGCCAAUUUGAAACGUAACCUGACAGGAAGAAAAAUGUGGCACAACUUGUGCAUGAGGAAAGGCACGUUUACAGCCGUGAAGGACAGAUUUAGAGAGUGCUCCACCGAUUUAGCAUUAAACUCCUACGACUUUGUCUGACUGAUGAACCAGAGAUAUCAUCUUUUUUUUUAUUUAUUACUCCAUUAAUCCUUCUUGUAUCUUCCUGGUGCUUACUUUACCCACAGUGCAACUUAGUUAUUCGAGUAGAGAUGAUGAGCGCCCUGUGGAGGUCUGGUAAAGUGUCUAAUUUCAAACUCUACACCAACAGAUUUUCAAACAGCUCCAUCUGGAGCCACAAAAGUCUUUAUACAACUGAUUUCCAUAUAUACAGUCAGUCCAGUCUCCAAUGUAUAAAAUCGGUGGAGUCCUUUUCAGAAAACGUUCAUGCUUUUCUCAUUUACGCCUCCUCGCCUCCUCCUUUCACUUGCAUCUCCAGCUCACCCUGAAGCUCUCGCCAUGUGUCACAAACGAUGAGAUGUGAUGAGGAGUCAACCUGUUUAAACAAACCACAAAGUCCCCACGCGUCAUGCAUGACUUCUCUCCUACUUUGAGGACAGAAAAAUCCAUGAAAUCCACCAACCACAUUUGAAAAUAGCUCCAUUUUGUGCAAUAUAAUAUUAACUACGAACUCUAUCAUCAUGAAAUCAAAGUAGAAAUCCUUCUUGAUACAUCACGUACUAAUCAAGUUUGA